AUGUAUUGCCAUGACACAUGGCUCAAGAAACUCCGGCGAACGGACUCGGCCUUUGACGGUGACAGCUCGCAUUACUUGAAGAGGAUCAACGAGGAUGGUUCGGAGAGCGAAAUCCCGAUUGAGGAUGUUCCGGAAUAUCGGAACAUGUUAUGGGAACUGAACGAGAAGGACGAGGUCGUAAGCAACGGGUAUGUCCCUUACUGGUCCGAAGAACUGAAGCAGUACGUCUUCGAUAGCGACUACGGAGGCAAGACGCCCUGUACCUCGGACAGCGUCGGGGCCGCCCAGGAUAUGACCAGGCCCUCAACCAUCACCUUGUGCCCGCGUAGCUUCAGCAGCACCGCGGGGGUUAGCGUCACGCUUGGGUCCAAGACCCCUAAAAACAAGCGGAUCACGGGCGUCCUUUCACGAAGCGUAACCUUCUACCACGAGCUCUUCCAUCUCGUCCUCGGCAGUGCCGACACGCCCGAUACUACCUACGACUGGGAGGAGAUGCGAGAACGCCUGGACAGUCCGAAGAAGCGAGAGACGGCCGACAAACCGACCAACGAGCAACUAAUCCGCCAAAACCCGGAGACUUAUGUCUUCUUCAGCGUGGGCUAUUGGUUCUUCCUGCAGCAGAACAGCAAAUGGGGCGCCGAUAGCAAGAAGCGAUGGAGUUUCCAUGCCGGCAGUGCCGAACUGGUUGCGCUGUAG